UUGUACAUUCCUACAAACAACUAAAUAAAAUUCUGAAACUGAAUUUUAAAGCAAAGUAAAUCCUUUCAAAUAUCUAUUAUCCUGUAUGAGAAUUUGUAAUGAGUGAAAACGAGAAAAAUAUGUCUACCGAGGAUGACACUGAGGAAAGUUUCUCUCGGCUUCCAUUAAUUAAAACUCGUGUCCGGAAAAAUCUUACUGAAUUGCGACAUCCCCGACAGAAAUUUUGUGCUCGUUGGGAAAAAGAUUUUCCUUGGCUUAAAGCCGAUAAAGUAGAUGAAUCUGUUGGAAUAUGUACCGUAUGUAAUAAGCAUUUAGUGUGUAAAAAAAGCCAUUUGGAGCGUCAUCAGAAAUCAUAUAAACAUCAGAGGCUUCAGGGUUUUGAAUCAUUUGACACAGAAGGUGAACCAUCACAACCAAAUGUGCCUGAAUUUAUGGAGUGUGGAAAGCGAGAGUUCGAACAAGAAGAGCAGGAAUUUGGCCAAGCGAUUGAGCUGGAUCCAGAUUAUAAUUUAGAUAAUGAGCGAGAUUCUGAAAAAAGAUUUAAGAGAAAUGUUUCACAUAAACUAAAGACUUCAUCACACCAAUCGUCUGUGAAUGGUUUAUCGCAAGAAGAAAGGCUAAAAAACCGGAGCUUCAAAUUGGACCGUUUUAAAUUGCUCAAACGUAUCGACCGCGACCGUAAUGCGCUCAAUGAAUAUUAUUUAAUACGAAAGAGACAACAUUCACCAGCAGUUCAACAGUGCAAAGAUACAUUCGACUUAUUUUUUGAUAGCGUAUGUGCAACUGUAAAAGCUUUGCCUCCAAAACUGGGUGCUGAAGUGAAGGGUCGAAUAUCGCAGUUGAUAGCGGAAUUCGAGUUACGUGCGAUAUGUGAGAGGGAAGCUCAACAAUGUAGUCUUACAUUACCUUCAACAACAACGGAAAAUACCGCAAUGGUAGUUGCUGCCACUACAACUCAUCCAUCAGACCCAACACCAUCGGUAACGCAGGAGUCAACGGUCAUAGAUCCCAAUGGUGUUCCACAUAUCGUUUACACUUUUCAGUCGAAAGUACCGGAAUGAUUUAAAAGAUGGCAUGCCAGGAAAAUAAAUGUAAAUUUGUAAUUGUAUUACACGUCGGAUUGCCACCAUUAGUUUAUGUAUUUUUUCAUACUUACAUACAUAUAUUACGUUUUAGGAAAGUAAUCCGAUUAUACAUAGAAUAUUAGUUUGUUAUUUAUGUAAUUUAAAUAAAAAUUUUAAGUUUUAAAUUUAGCGGCCGCCGUAGCCGAGUGGUUUGGUGCGUGACUGCCAUUCGGUAUUGUACUCUGUGCAGGAACAGUAAAUAGCGUUUUCUGAUAACGGUCGACCCUCGGCAGGUAAUGGAAAACCUCCGAGUGUAUUUCCGCCAUGAAAAAGCUCUUCAUAAAACCAUCUGCCGUUCGGAGUCAGCUUUACGUUGUAGGUCCCUCCAAUUGUAGAAAAAUAUCAAGAUGCGCACCAUAAAUUGGAAGAGUAGCUCGGCCAAACAAGCAAUAAAGUGUGUAAUCGCCAAUUAUAAAGUAAUUUAAA